AUGAUCCCUGGGCUUCCAGCGGCAUUUGAUGUAGAAUGUAAUCGCAUGGAAGAUGUCUUUUCCUACAUAAGGAACUCCGCUGUGGGUUCGGACGGCGCCGUCUUCACGCCAGAGGAAGCAUGGGUGCAGCGGGAGUUGCAGUACUAUGAAGAGCUCUACACAGAGCAGAAGGAUCUCACAGUAUGCCUUGUCACGUUCAACGUGGCUUGCAAGAAACCGCCGUCAAACCUUGCAUCGUUCGUGUCCCUUGCCAUGCCUAAAGGCAAUAAUGACAGUAGUAGUGGUAGUAGUACCAGUAACAGGGAAGUCGACCUUAUCAUGGUAAGUCUUCAGGAGGUCGACAUGAGUGCGUCUGCCAUGCUUAAGGAAGAGACAGAGGCUGCCACACCGUGGAUUACUGGGCUCCACGCCGCGGUGGGUGCAGAUUCUCAGCGCGUAAGCAAUUUGCCGUACUAUGCCUUUCCGCCCAAGCAGCUCGUUGGCCUGCUAUUGUGUGUAUACUUGCGACGACCAUUACUUCCAUAUGUGCAGGAGAUGUCUGUCAUGACAGUGGCGACUGGGGCGCUGGGUAGUAUGGGCAACAAGGGCGCCGUCGGCCUUCAUCUGGUGUUGCAUCGCACAAGUAUAUGCCUAAUCAAUGUUCAUCUUGCUGCUGGGCAGAAUAAUCUGGUGAAGCGCAACGAUGAUGCGAGUAACAUAUUCAUGGGCAUGGAUUUCAAUGCACAGAAGCGGCAGAUGCUGAUCACCAAUCUGCAAGGCGGAUCCGUUCCAUCCGAGGUUUUGUACCAGCACCCUGAGUUGCUUCCGCACGACCACGACAUCAUCGUCGUCUCUGGGGAUCUCAAUUACCGAAUUAAGCUCGGUUACGAUGCCGCCGUGGAAUUGGCCUUACGCUGCGACACAGCGCGUCUGCUGGAGCACGAUGAGUUUAUGGCGGAGCUGUCAAAUCCGCACUCGCCGUGGUUGGGUUUUGUCGACCUCACGCCUACAUUCCCACCGACGUAUCGGUUUGAUGUUGGGACGGGCAUCUACGACACCAGCGAGAAACAGCGUGUGCCAAGCUACACAGACCGCAUCGUCAUAUGGACAAAGCGAAAGGCCCAUCAGCAGCUAAUUCACGUUGAGCGCCUGCAGGCGUUGAUGGAUGUCUGCAGUAGCGAUCACAAGCCGGUACAGGCGUUGCUGCGUCUCCCCAUACUCUGCGAGGUGGAGGAUAAAAAGAAAGCUGUCAGACAGUCCCUGCGAAAACGCAUCGAGCAGGCGGGCCUUGACCGCACUGCAAGUGCCAAGACCACUAUUGAACCUGUCUCUCUCGACUUUGGGGCGCAGCAGUUCUAUGAUUGCGGGGCGCGGCAAGUGCUGAACAUCACCAACGCGGGGGAGUGUGUGGCGCUUGUGCGGACGUUCCGGCAGUGCAACAAUGAUGUGAGCGAGGGCGCGUGGCUGCGUGUGUUCCCCGCCAACUUCUCCAUCCUCCCCGGUGAGACAAAAGAGGUGGUGGUGGAGUGCCAGCUGAACCCACGCUGCAUGCGUUGGAUGAGCCUCUGGCGCCCGUUUGAGGCGCGCGGCCGGCUAAGCCUCUCGUCGAUGCUGGUAGUGUUCGUGUAUCAAGGGCCGGUGCACCUCGUUGAGUGCACUUGCACGCUCAAGCCGAGUGUCUUCGGCAACUCGCUGGAGAACAUUGCGCUACUAGGCAAUGAGGUGUGCGUCACCGCCUAUGCAACCAGCGGGGAUCUGGAGAAGCUAAGCAAGGUGAUGCGCCCACAGUUGCCCAAAGAGCUGUGGUUCCUGUGUGAGGCUAUUUACGCGCGUGGUGCACGGGAGCCGAAUCUCUUUACGGAGAACAGCUCUACGGAGACAUGCGCGGCCAUCAUGCACCGCCUCGACACGUGUUGUGAGCCGCUCCCGGACGAUUACGAUGUGCAGUGCAUUGCGACCUGUUUCAUAACUUUUCUUCAGUCGCUGCAGGAGCCAGUGGUGCCCUUUGCACUGUACGGAGCAGCACUGGCUGCUGGGCGAGCAAAGGGCAAAGCGCCACUCAUGUUUGUGCAGCAACAGCUUCCACCCCUACACGCCAAUGUGUGGAUAUACGUUUGUGCCUUGUUGAAUUUCUUACUUCGACCAGUGAAUGCGCGCAGCAAUGAGCUUACGCCAAGAUUUCUGGCAAAGUUGUUUAGUACCGUGAUGCUCGUGCGACCGGGCGUUCUGUUGCACACCUCAUCGGAGAGAAAGGUCGGGUCCUAUCAGGGGAUUGCAACCGGCACCCAAGGCGGGGUGGCGUCCCAGACGCUUCGACAGCAACUGCAGCAGCAGGCCGAAGAUGCGAUGAGCCUCAUUGAAUAUUUCCUUGUUCCACCUCCAGAGGCCUUGUCGUGA